CAAAAAGCAGUACCAUACAGAAGCUACCAAGGCCCAAAGCCAGGCAGGCCCAUUGUGCCUCUGUUCUCCCCCUCUAUGAGAACCAAAUUCCCCAACAAAUCAAUGGCGAGGUUUCCUUUGCCGUCGGUAAGGGAUGUCUCAUAUCCUCUUUGACCAUAAUGGACUAAAAAACACAGUUCCCCUGUGGAUUCAGCCCGUUUCCUUCUAUUCUUUAACAGGAAGCUCUGCAAGAAUCAGCCCAGGCAGGCAGACCUCUCCUCACCCUCUCACACUCGGGAUGGACAGAACCUCUGCAGGGCUGCUCAGCUCCACGCCGCGAUGCUGGCUCCAGCCCUCCAUCCGCUCCUGUGGCUGUUUGGCUGCGUGCUGCUCAGAGGUACUACAUCUGCCACAGACUCCUCCAUCCACAGUGUCACAGAUCAACCUCAAUUAACAACACACAACCAUGAAGUAGAGAACAAUACCUCAGAGGCUUCAGUGAAGUCAGCAGCACCAGCUGACCUGAAUCUCACUCCUGUGGACCAGACCACCACAACAAAACCCUCCUCAAUCUCUCCAACCCUGCUAACAUCAUCUGCACAGGAUGAGAAGUCCAGUGGAAGCAGAAACACAACAGCUGCAUCAACUCCAGGUGAAGAGUCCAAGAGAAGAGAGAGUACUACAGCAGCAGUAACUCAAGGCACCUCAAGAACAGUUACCACAGCACUGGGAAUCUCUGUGUCUUUGCUCGUGCCUACCCCAGCAGAAUACGAGUCUCCACUGACUGUGGUAGCUUUCGGUGUCAUCAGCUUCAUAGUCAUCCUGGUUGUGGUUGUGAUCAUCCUCGUCAGCGUGGUCAGCCUGAGGUUCAAGUGCAGUCGCUCCAAGGACUCAGAAGACAAACAGAAGCCAGGGAGCUCCAUGGUAUCAGAGAGCUGCUCUGCAGGCACAAGCGAGAAGGAUAACAGCAUCACUCUGAUCUCCAUGAAGAACAUCAAUAUGAACAACAGCAUGACUUACCCACCAUCAGAAAAGGUGCUAUGAAACCAACAACCCAGAACUAGAAGCUGACACUUGAAUUUCUAGGCUUUUUUUUUUUCCUUUGGGGAGAGGACAAGGGUGGACUUUAUUUGUAAAUUAUUAUGCUCUUCCUGAUCAAUACACAUACAGUAGUUUCCCCAUCUGGGGGGGAUUAGGGCUUUCUCCAGCUACAGCCUGUCAUACUCAAUGGUUGAUAUCUAAAUGCAUUUUUGAUUGGCCUUCAGAGCCUCAGAUUUUUCCAGCAGCAAGAAGUACGAAGGAACCAACUACUCAGCUAAAAACCUGCUGUCUUGGAUUAAUGGCCUUCACAGCCUGUGCCAGACAGCCACAGCCUUGCCAGACAGUUAAUCAGCGUAGACCCCCAUUGAGCUAAACCUGUGCAUUAGAAAAGCAUGGUCUGAAGCUGAAGGCCUAAUAGGACUUAAAUACCCAGGUGCUAGGUCAAAUCAUAGCACAGUUGCUCCAAGCCCCUUCUGCACAGAGUCAGGGUGACCGUGCCCACCUACCUCACAGAGCCGUUGUGAGGUUAUGUUAACCAGUGCCUGUAGAGCAUUUGGAGAGCAGGGAAUUAAAGGUGCUGCUGAAAUGCAAACUGCCAUCUUAACGCUUCGUUAUCAGCGUCUGAGCUUCAGGCAGAAGGGUCUGUAUCUUCCCACAAGUUCAACAUACAAUGAAGAAGAGUGGUUUGAAGUACAAAAGCAACACCACUGCUUUGCCAGGACUUUGUCUGAGUGAUCAUAAGCAAAAUUCUGAGCUACUCCAACUCCUGAAGUUCAGCAGCCCCAGUUUACUGGGAGAGCUUCAGUCUUCUGUACUGCUGCUUUCCCAGAUCUUCCCAACAGACCAGAGAAGCAGACACCCCUGGUUCCAAGCACCCACACCACAGCAGCUACAAGCACCACAGAUGCAUCCCUGCUGUGAUAAUGAGAACAGUGCUCUGCUAACCUGUGCAGUGCCACAGCUCACCCCAGGAACUGGCUGGCUCACAGCCCACCCUCCUGGGGCACAGCUGCCAAUCACUGCCCACCCACUGCAAAAUACAGCCCUAUCAGCUGAGCUACGGGCGUGAUGGGGUCAUCAAUACUCAGCUUCCAUGUGACUGUAAUGGGAACAAGGCUCUACUGGGAAGUUCUGGAGAUCUCAGCUGCAUAAUGCACUAAAGCACUAACUCUUCGGCUGCUUUUGCCUCUGCCUGUCUUCGUGAGACUCCUGGCUUCAAGCUCUACCAGUUCCUGAGUCAGAGUCCUUGGAGCACCUCAUUUACUUGGCAGCAAUAUGCUGAGAAGUUGAUUUCUCCUACCACAAGCAUCAAAAUCUAUCAGCCCUGAAGGUAAAUUGUGAAAUCAAGGAAAAAGGAUUUAUCCAAGCAGGCAAAAUAGGUAUCACUGCACGCAUUCCCCUGUACAGUCCAGUGAAACAUAUAAUUUAGCUUGAUCUAAUUUUAUAGGAUGGAUACGAGCUGGUUACUGGAGCACACAGUGCUAAAGGUAGCUGUGCUUUGCAGCACACAAUGAAGUGCUCAGCAUAAUAAAUGCAAUGCAACUCUUGUUAAGAUCAUUGCCAAUGGACUUUCUAUGUUUACCAUAUACAGCAGGUAUUUUUAUAAGUGAUUUUUAUUGUUUUGUUUCGUUUUUAGUGAAGAUUUUCUGGUAAAAUUCUCAGCAAAGUAAAACCCUUCCUCCACCAGAGAGGUGAGUUUGUGUAAACACCAGUUCCCAGGUGAUGCCCAGCUUAGUGUGCUCAAGAGGUUGCAGGUCUCAGCCCUGUGACCCAGUGCAUGGAGGCUCACAAACAGGUUGAACACAGCUGUCUUGUGCUCACCUGCAAUAUCAAACACGGCAGCGAGUGCCCAGUUCCUCCCCCCACUUCCCAACAAGCCAUACUGACCUAUAUAGGGCUGUCUCAUGGGAUCUCAUCCCUACUUUAGUUUUCCUUCCCCUGAAAUCAUCAUCUUUCUUCCCAUAGCCUCUCUAGGGUCUUGACAAAAAAAAACAACAACAAACAACAAACUGAGCCUGCUCUAGUCUGCAACUGAACCACAUCCAAAAGCAAAACAAAGUUCUGACACUGUUCAAAAGAAAGAACUGAAUUAAAACAGUGGAAGCAGUGUGAGCCCAGCAUCCAGGUGCAGCUGGGUGCUCCUGGGUGCUGUGCAUAGCCCAUGCUGGGCUCACUCCUGCAAGCUGCUUGGUGGAAGGCACCAACUCAUUACUGCCAGCAGCCACGGCACCCAAAGGUCCUCUCUCACAGCUCAUUAGCCCAGUUUAGUUGGCAUGUGGGGGGAGAAGUAGUCAACGUAGACUUGAGCAAACUUUUUGCCUCUGCCUCCCACAGCAUUCUCCUGCAGAAGCUGCAGCCCAUGGCUUGGACAGGUGUACUCUUCCCUGGGUAAACAUCUGGCUGGAUGGCUGGGCCCAGAGAGUGGCAGUGGAUGGAGUUACACCCAGGUGGCAGCUGGUCACGGGUGGUGUUCCUGGGGGUCAAUGCUGGAGCCUGUCCUGUUUAACAUCUUUACUGAUCAUCUGGAUGGAGGCAUUGAGUGAACCCUCAGAAAGUCUGUAGAUGACAACAUGUUGUGGGGAAGGGUUGAUCUGCCUGGGGGUAGAAAGGCCCUACAGAGGGAGCUGGGCAGGCUGGAGAGCUGGGCUGAGACCAGUGGGAUGAGCUUCAUUGAGACCAAGUGCUGCAUCCCGCACUUUGGCCACAACAACCCCACGCAGUGCUACAGGCUUGGGGCAGAGUGGCUGGAAGCUGCGUGGGGGAAAAAGAUCUGGGGGUGUUGGUGGACAUGUGGCUGAACAUGAGCCAGCAGUGUGCCUAGGUGGCCAAAAAAGCCAAUGGCAACCUGACUUAUGGCAGAAAUAGUGCAGCCAGCAGGAGCAGGGUGCGAUCAUCCCUCUGUACUCAGCUCUGGUGAGGCUGCGCCUCAGUGCUGCGUUCAGCUUUGAGUUCCUCACUGCAAGAAAGACAUCGAGGGCCUGGAAUGUGUCCAGAGAAGGGCUGUGAGGGGUCUGGAGCACAAGUCUUGUGGGAGCAGCUGAGGGAACGGGGGCUGUUCAGUCUGCAGGAGGCGCAGGGCAGGCUGUCAUUGCUCUGUGCAACUCCUGACAGAAAGCAGUGUGUGGAGGGGGGAUGAGGGGGAAGAGUUCAGCCUCUGCUCCCAGGAAACAGCGGUACAAGAGAGGAGCCGGCUUCAAGCUGCACCAGGAUGCUAGGAAACGUUUCUUCUAGAAGCAGCGGUGACGCAACGGCUCAAGCAGCGCAGGGAGGCGUGGAGUCACGGUCCCUGGAGGAGCUCCCU